AUGGCUGUAGCCACUGUGAAAAUGGAUGAACUGGCCCAGGUACCGAGGUCGCAGCUGCAGCAGCCUCCCGGAUGGCCUGGGAGAAUAGCCGCUGUGGGAGGGCAUCACUCCGUCCAUUACGCCUGUACCGUGGAUAUGCCACCGCCCCAGGAGAGUCUGGCAGGUGUCCUGUUUGUGGCUGGAGGAGUAGGUGGAACCGUCCUGUAUGCCAGCUAUGACACGCAGUUCCGGGAGAGCGUAGAGAAGGCCGUUCCCUACUCAGAUAAGCUCUUUGAGAUGGCACUUGGCCCCGCACCUUACAGCGCGUCGCUGCCGAAGAAACCGGUACCGCAGGGCCCGCUGAAGAUCUCCUCUGUAGCAGAAGUAAUGAAAGAGUCAAAACAGCCUGCCACAAAAUCCCAGAUGAGCAAAACGGAACCUGUUGCUCCUUCAGAGGGAAAAGAAGCAGGCAAGGCUGCAGCACAGAUCAUCUCCGCAACAGGUGUGGCCGUGUCGGUGCCAGCUCCGGGGAUACAGACUGAAGAAGGUAAAGAACAUGAAGGUUCCCCUGCCAUAAAAGAACGGUCACCGGAAGAAGUCGCGGCCCGGCUUGCCCAGCAAGACAAAGAGGAGCAAGAGAAGAUAGCAGCCCUGGCAGCGACUUUGGAAGGAGCCCUGAGCGCAACAGCUCGUGUAACCCUUCAGGCGAUUACUGCCCAGGAGUCUGCUGUGCAGGCAGUGAACGCCCACUCACAAAUACUGAAGGAGGCCAUGGACAAUUCGGAGGCUGAUGGGGAGAAGAAGUCAUCGCAGUGGCGCACUUUGGAGGAAGCGCUGAAGGACCGGAGGAGAGCAGUGGACGAAGCUGCUGAUGCCCUUCUGAAAGCCAAAGAAGAGUUAGAGAAGAUGAAAGGGGUGAUCGAGAAUGCCAAGAAGUCUCCGAUGGCAGGAGUCAAAUCUCAUGUUACUGCCGCAGAAGAAAACCUUCACCAUAUGAUAGUUGACUUGGACAAUGUCGUAAAGAAGGUGCAGGCAGCACAGUCUGAGGCCAAGAUAGUCGCUCAGUACCACGAGCUUGUGGCUACAGCAAGAGAAGAGUUUCAGCGGGAGCUUGACAGUAUCACCCCGGAUGUAAAGCCGGGCUGGAAGGGGCUAAAGAUAACUGACUUAGCCGGGCAGCUGUCGACGGACGACCUGAAUUCCCUCAUUGCUCACGCCCAUCGGCGCAUCGACCAGUUAAACAAGGAGCUGGCAGAGCAGCGCGUGAGGGAGCAGCAGCACAUCGAGUCGGCCCUGGAGAAGCAGAAACUGGAAGAUAAAAAAGCAUUUGAGGCAGCCGUGGCCAAGGCGCUGGAGCGUCACAAGAGUGAGAUUGAAACGGCACAGGAGAAGAAGGUCGAAGAGGUCCGAGAGGUGAUGGAGAGCGAAAUGAGGACCCAGCUCCGGCGCCAGGCUGCGGCCCACACAGACCAUCUGAGAGAUGUCCUGAAGAUCCAGGAGCAGGAACUAAAAGUGGAAUUUGAGCAGAACUUAUCAGAGAAACUCAGCGAACAAGAAAUGCAGUUCCGACGCCUCACGCAGGAGCAGCUCGACAACUUCACGCUGGAUAUCAACACGGCCUACGCCAGGCUGAAAGGGAUCGAGCAGGCAGUCGAGAGUCAUGCCGUAGCAGAAGAGGAAGCCCGGAAGGCCCAUCAGCUGUGGCUGUCCGUGGAAGCGCUCCGAUACUGCAUGAGGACGGCCUCUGGGGACAGUCCCACGGAACCGCUGGAGAGCGCGGUGAAGGCCAUCAAGGCCAGCUGUUCCGACAAUGCCUUCACAGAAGCCUUAACAGCCGCUCUCCCCAGGGAGUCCCUGACGCGGGGAGUGUACAGCGAAGAGGCCCUCAGAGCACGUUUCUACACGGUCCAAAAACUGGCCAAACGCGUGGCUAUGAUCGAUGAAACGAGAAACAGCUUGUACCAGUACUUCCUGUCCUACUUGCAGUCGCUGCUGGUCUUUCACCCUCAGCAGCUGAAGCCGCCCACCGAGCUCAGCCCCGCCGACCUCGACACGUUUAAGCUACUGUCUUACGCGGCGUACUGCGUCGAGCGCGGCGACCUGGAGCUGGCAGCUAAGUUCGUCAACCAGCUGAGAGGCGAGUCCAGGCGCGUGGCACACGACUGGCUGGCCGAAGCUCGCACCACCCUAGAAACCAAACAGAUCGUGGAGAUCUUGACGGCGUAUGCCAGCGCCGUGGGGUUAGGCACAACUCAAGUGCAGUGAGCUGGGACG